CGCUCAGUCGCUCAAAAGGGGGACGGGUUGCUAUGGGCCUCAGUGUAUGAAGGCAUAGGGAUUUGAUUUUGCAGGGCAUCAGUACCAGCACUGAGACUAGAAUUACAGUCAGUUCGUUUUGUACAGAAAAAGAAAACGUCGAAGAACUACUAUUUGCAAUGGCUAAGAAAAAUGCAAAAGGACCAGUUAAAAAAGAGGCCAAGCCACAGCUGGCGCAUAAGAAUGGGAAGAAGGCAGAGGUUGGAGGAGGAACCUCGUUCUUCACCUGGUUCAUGGUUUUGGCUCUCCUGGGUGUCUGGACCUCUGUAGCUGUGGUGUAUUUUGACCUUGUUGACUAUCAAGGUGUAAUUGCCAAAGCAAAGGACUUUCGCUAUAAUCUUUCAGAGGUAUUACAAGGUAAACUUGUGUCCUAUGAUGCCGAUGGUGAUGGUGACUUUGAUGUGGAAGACGCUAAAGUACUACUAGGACUGAAAGAUAAGCCCACCAUUGAGAACAGUGAAUCGGUUAAGGCAGCCUCCGCUGAACCUGUGGAAGAAGCUCCAGAACCUAUUGUGGAGGAAGAGAUCCAAGCCAUUAAAGUUGAGGAAGCGGCUCGGCCACCACCAGAACCAGAGACUGUGGAGGAGGAGCCAGCUGCUGAGGAAGAACCUCUGGCAGUAGACGAAGAGCCCAUUGCUGCAGACGAGGAAGUAGCAGAGGAGGAACCAGAGAUUGAAGACGAGCAAGAAGUUCCUGAGCAAGAAGUUCCUGAGGAAGAACCUGAGGUUGUGGAAGAAGAGCCAGAGGUUACAGAGACUGUUCCAGUUGAGGAAGAGGCUUUUGAGGAGGUAGUGGAAGAGCUUGCAACAGAGGAAGAGGUCAUACCAGUUGAAGAACCGGUUGAGCAAGCUCCAGUGGAAGAAGCAGUUGAGGAAGAGGCUGCACCGGUGGAAAAAGAUUCACCAGUUGAAGAGACAAUAGAAGUAGAAGAAGAUGCACCAGAGGAGGAGGCAGUAGAACAAGUAGUUGAAGAGGUUGCACCGGUGGAAGAAGCAAUUGAGGAAGUAUUGGAGGAAGGGGGUGCACCAGUGGAGGAGGCAAUAGAAGUAGUAGAAGAGAAUGCACCAGUGGGAGAAACGGUAGAGGAAGCUGCACCAGUAGAAGAAGCUGUUGAGGAGCUUGUACCGGUAGAAGAAGCUGCAGAAGAGCUUGAGCCAGUAGAAGAAGCUGUGGAGGAGCUUCAACCAGUAGAAGAAGCUGUGGAGGAGCCUGAACCAGUAGAAGAAGCUGUGGAGGAGCUUGAACCAGUAGAAGAAGCUGUGGAGGAGCCUGAACCAGUAGAAGAAGCUGUGGAGGAGCCUGAACAAGUAGAAGAAGCUGUGGAGGAGCUUGUACCAGUAGAAGAAGCAGUGGAAGAACCUGAAGAAGUAGAGGAACCUGAAAUAGCAGAACAAGUGGAAGAAGUAGAAACAUCUGAAGAGACAGUCCCUGUAGAAGAAACUGUAACAGAAGAGGAAACAGAUGAGCCAGUUCAGGAAGAUGAGGAAGUACAAGACUCCACAGUGGAGGAAACAGAGCUGGAGGAAGAGAAUAUGGAAGAAGAGGAGGAUGAAGCUGCUGAAGAAGAGCAGACUGAGGAAGAGGAAAUUAACCACACAGCAGAACAAUUUGAAGAAGAGCCCACAGAAACAUAAAACAUUAGGCAGUAUGUAAGAUGCGGAGAGGACCAGCACCACAUGGCAUUCCACUGGAAGUGUGCAGCUGCCAAUUCCCACCAUGGAGUAAAAAAAAAGAGAAUGCUACCAUUACCCUUUAAUUUUCCUGGAUUUUUUUAACACUCAAGCCUUUUUGUUAAUUGAUAAUGCAGUCUCUUGUGUACAAGUACACAUUUAUUUGAAUGUUUUGUCAAAUUUUGUUUGGUGGUUUGACUCUUUCCCCCAUCCCCAUUUAAAUUCCUAUUUUGUAAUUACAGACAAAGCUUUUUCCCUAUCCUCUAAAAUAGAUGUGAAGUAGCCAUUUUUUUUAAAUGAUCACGGAUGGUAGUUUGGUUGUAGUUUCCUAUGUGUACAAACACCUUCAUGUUGCUUUGUAGCUCAGAGAUCUUCACAUUCAUCAGUGUCUCUCUCUUCGUUAAAUCUGACUAUUUGCUUUAAUGUGAAGGUACUAUGCAAAGCUGCACUGAUCUUUUGCUAUUUUUACCCUUAGGUUUUGUACUACCAAUAUGUAUUGAGUCUACAUUUCCAAUGUUGCAUAUCAAGGACAAGUUUAUGCUGGCAGGUUAACCAAGAUAAUUGCUAUGUGAAAUGUGUGUGAAUGGGCAUGCAUGUGCAUGUUUGUGUGUGUCAAUUUGAAAAUUCAUGUUUAACUUCAUGCGAAGCAAUCAUUUGAGCCAUUUUUCUCACUAGUAUGUUUUCAUGGUGUUUUCCUAUGUGUUUUUCAGUGUAUGGUCAACAUUUAAGUACCUCUGUUGAUAUUUUCCUCAACACUGUAACUGUUUUUCAUUUCUUCAUAUUUAGGAAAUUUCACAUUUUUAAAUUAAGACGCAUAGGUCUGUCCCCAUCAAGUGUUUUUUUUUUUUUUUUUAAUAUUUAUACUCAAGCCUUUUUCAGUAAGAUGUGUUUCAUAGGCUCAUGAUUUAUUUCAGGCAGACACUCCAGCUGCUGUGCAGUAUGCGUAUGAGAAACAGUGUUUAUUGGGAUUGUCAUCUUAUGUAAUAACUGGUGAAGGAUGCCCAUAUAAAUAUGGAGCAACCUACAAAAUGUUUUAUUUUUAUAGCAGGGUAAAGAUAUUUCCUAGUGCUUUUAGUUGGGUAUCACAAGUCAGUACGUGCUAAUUAAUUUAUCAAAUGUAAUGCACUGCCUAUGUAUUGACUUCUCAGUGCAUUUAUUCUGGCCCUUUCAGCUGUUGCAGGCACAUCUGUAAGAAUACAAUAUAGAAAACAUACAGUUUUGUUGUUCUACAUUCAAAAAGGAAGACGACUAUGGUAUUUUGUCACAUUAAUAUCGCAGCAAGACAAAAUUUGUUUGUAUUUACUAUUAAUGCUGUCAUGGUUUUUAUUACAACAAUGUAGCUUUCACCCUUGAUGCAGAGUAAAUGGUUAAGAAACUGAAAACAGGUUUGAUCUUUUAAAGGAAACACAAUUCUGGCUCCUGAAUUGUUUCACUGUGGAUUCUUUUUUUUUUUCAUUGUAAUGUUGUAUGUUACACUGUGGUUUUACGGGGCCUGCCAGAAUAGAUGUUGUUUUUGUGCUAGACUUUAGGAAAUGCUGCAAAUCUCUUCAAUGGUUUCAUAACAUACAAGUGGCUGCAAUGUAGUUUUAGAGAUUUCCUUUUCUACAACACUAGAGGGUGUUUUCGACCCCUAACACUUUUGAAGUCAAUGUGAAUUUUUAAAGUGGUAUUAAUUUCUUGUUUAGGAUUUUUAAGGAUUUCUUUUAUUUAGGAUUUGACACUUUAUAGUCAAAUUGAAUUAAUUCUACAAGAGUGUUAACUUCUCAAAGCCAUAUGUGAAAGGUUGGGUAUAGCAGCCUUAGUAUGGGUCGUGCUCUAAGGGACAGACACCUCACAACCAGCAAUAACACCAUUUGUACAGGGGGUAUUUUUUUAAUGAAAUCCACGUACAAACAGAUGUUUACUCAAGGCUUUCUAUUCAGAGGUUUACAUGAAAUCCUGCUGUAUAGGCUAACUCAUUUUAAGUUAUUGAGGCAUUGCAAUUAUAGGGAGUUUUGGGUGACACAAAUCUGUAAACAACUGUAAAUGUUUUGAGUGCUGCAAUAAAGGUUGGGACAACAAA